ACAUGAUCUCUUGCAAGUUGCCCAGUGGCUACAUGGAAAUAAGCUAACUUUGAAUCUUACUAAGACUAAAUCCAUGAUUAUAGGUAGUAAUAGGAAACUCGUUGGUAUUUCCUCUUUCUCAUUAUCUAUUUUUGACACUGAUAUAAAUUCUGUAACUAGUUUUAAAUAUUUGGGAGUUAUGUUGUCCUCAACUUUUACAUGGUCCGACCAUGUUGAGUAUAUUUCAUGUAAGGUUAAUAAGAACCUCGGUCUUCUACGUAGGAUUAAGUAUUAUUUACCUUAUAAUGCUCGGUUACUUUUUUAUAAUAGCUUAGUGUUGCCUAUUUUUGAUUAUGCCGAUUUAGUCUGGGGUGACAAGGACAAUGUCACACUGAUGACGGAAUUGCAAAUUCUGGAAAACAAAGCAGCAAAGUUGAUAUUAGAUAGAUCGCUUCACUCCUCAUCUACUGAUGCAUUAACAGCCUUGAGAUGGCCAAAUCUUGAAGAACGUAGGAAAUUUCAUCGAUGUAUAUAUGCAUACAAGUGUAUUAAUGGCGAAAUUAAUCAUUCUUUGGACAUUGUAAGAAAGAGUGAUAUGCACUCCUACAAUACGCGCAAUAACGAUACUAUAAAGCUCCCCAAAAUCAAAUACAAUUGGGGAAAACAUCGUUCGCGGUAUCACUGUUUCANUUUUUUUUUUUUUUUUUUUUUUUUUUAA